AUGAAGAAAUUUUGCAUCACCACAAUGGCCGUCAUCGCUGCAUCGGCAACCGCUGCAACGGCGCUUGCCCAUGACAAUCAUGUCUCCAUCGAACAGACCGGCGACCAGAUCUGCAUCACGUCGAACGGACUGCCGAACCAUGCGACCGGCACAUUCCCCAAUCGCGGCAACCCGCAUUCCAUCUCCGAACAGCGCCUGCGCCAUUGCGUCAGCGCCAAUCCGGUCAAGGGCAGCCGCAAGACCGACAUUACCCGCGGGCCGGUCGGCAUCGGGCUGAACGGCAUCCUGUUCCGCCCCGAAACGGCGGACUAUUACGAUCCGUCCUCGCCGCGCGGCUUCUCGCGCGACCGCUCGUCGGGCUGGAACCUUGAGGGCAUGGGCGCCGCGGAGUUGCUCGGCAUGGACCAGCACAACGCUCAUGUCGACAAUCGCGGCAUCUACCACUAUCACGGCAAGCCCGAAGGCUUGGUCGCCUCGGUCUCCAGCACCCAUAUCGGCUAUGCCGCCGACGGCCACGAGAUCCACUAUGUCGGCUCCGCCGCGCAAUCCGGCUGGACGCUGAAGUCGGGCACCCGGCAGGGCGGCCCGGGCGGGCGCCACGACGGCACCUAUGUGGAAGACUGGGAAUAUGCCGGCGCCGGCAAUCUCGAUGAGUGCAAUGGCGGCACGCUGGAUGGCCGGUAUGUCUAUUUCGCCACCGACACCUUCCCGUUCUACCCGCGCUGCUUCUGGGGCGAUGUGAGCAGCGACUUCCGGUAG